UCGAUAAGUUAUUUCAUGAAAUAUGGCACUAUAUACAUGACAUAUUUAGAUAGCAAUUGGUAAUCGAAGAUUGUGAAUCAAACUGCCAAUUUAAUUUUCAUAUGAAGACUAAAACUACAACUAACUGAAAUAUAGUUGUGAAUUUCAUAAAUCAAAUAAUAUCUGUUACAUGUAAAGUUAAAUAUAAGUUGGAUUUCUUAAUGCAUAGCUUAAGAUUAGGUUGGUGAUAGAACACCAUUCAACAUUAAUUGCAAUUUAGUCUCAAAUGUCAUGAUAUUGCUGAUGCACAAAUUUAGUUGCAUUUCAUUGUCGAUUAUGCAGGUUUAAUGUAAAAGGGAAGCAUGAGAUUAUGAGAUGUUGACACACAUACAUAUAUUGUUUGCUCACAAUUGCAAAGUGAUCAAAAUGAAAUAGUAUUUUUUAUGUUCUAGAUAAUUAAGGUAAAAAUGGUUAAUAUAAACUAUAACACAAUGGUCAAGAGAAACGGCAUCACCAUGGUGAGGAUCUACGACACCGACCCAACGGUAUUGCGCGCCUUUGCCAACACCGGCGUCAAGGUCAUGGUGGAGCUAAACAACGAGGAGCACGCCGUGAAAGUGACCAUGCUAAUUGUGUUUCACGCGCUCAACACGUCGUUCCCACCGUCCGCAGGCAUGUUCCGGGACAGCAUGGCGCUGUUGGCACCCAGCCAUGAUGAUUCCAUUGCAUGUGUAGGCCUCUGCGAUCCAAGCCCGAGCUGGUGCCUGGCGAAUGAGGCGGUCAGAGCCGUGCGGCUGCAGAUGGGGCUGGACUACGCAUGUGGCCACGGCGUGGACCGCACAGACAUCCAGCCCGGUGCAUGGUGCUUCGACCCUAACACCAAGGUCGCGCAUGCGACCUUCGCAUUCAAUGACAAUUAAAGUGUUGUGGCCGGCCGCCGGAAUGUGCAACUUCGCCAGUGCCGGUUCCAUUGUCCGGCAGGCACCAAAUGAGUUCAUU